CUAUACCGUAUGCAUUAUGAAUUCAGGACCUCUGAACCUUUAUCAAACCUUAACAAGUUUUCAAAUCAUGUAAAAGAAUGUCCACUGUAAUUCAUUACUUACUCAUAAUAUGUUUUCACUUUAUACUAACUGUCUUCUGAUUGGCUAAUAAUUUUCAAGAUCAUUUAAGAUUCGUUCAAAGGUCGUCCCUAAAUUAGAGUCUCGUCAAUAUUUCCAAGGAGAAGCUGGACCUUCACUGGAAGGCGAUCUGUCAGGAUUAACACAGGUUAACCAACCUAAGAUCUUUAAAACUGAAGACUGAAUGACCUUAUAGUUUUAACUCAGCAAUAUGUUUGGUGUUUUGUUUUCACUUUUAGUUUUUUAAUACCGGAUAGUACGGAGUCACAAUAUAUUUUUCACACUAUAUGGCAUCUGGAUCUUAUGGAUUUGGAAGUACUGAAAUUAUUGUAAAUGCAGAUGAUGGGUUUUACUCGGAUAUUAGGGACCAAGGUAUUGUUUCUUGUCUUUCAACAGUAGAUCGUGGGGUAUCGGAUGUUUCAGUUCUAAUGAAUGGUGCAGUUGCAAAAAGUUUGCUUUCCUGUCCAGACCAUAAAAGACCACAGAUGUCCUCACUGUUCUCACAUAUCUCACGGAAUAGACACAUCCCAGGUCUACAUUUUAAUUUGACUGAAGGAAAACCUUUAUCCAAGACGAAGUUUGUACGAAGCUUACUGAAUGAUCAUGGUUAUUUCCUUGGUAAGCAUGGAUUUCGAAGGAAGUUGGUGUUCUCUGGCAUUCACAUGAAUGAAGUUGAAGUUGAACUGGAAUCACAAAUAAAUGCAUUUCGAGAUGUUUUUGGAACUAUUCCCAGUCAUUUCGAUGGUCAUCAACAUGUUCAUGUUUUGCCAGGGAUUGACAUGGUCGUAGCUAGAGUUAUCUCUCGACUUGGAAUUAAAUGGAUUCGUGUUCCCAUUGAAUAUAUUCCAGAAACAUCCUGUUGUAUUACUGAAUCUGAAAUAAAUUUCUAUAGAGAAGUAUCUGAUCAAGCGAUGAAAGCAAAGGAAAUAUUUUCAUCCUAUAGUUUAAAAUAUACUCAAAAAUUUAUUGGAAUGGCGCUGAUGGGAAAAAGUCAAACAAUGGAAUCAUUGGAUCGGUCUUUAUCAUCUUUUGAAAAUUGUAAAAACGUUGAAUUUAUGGUUCAUCCUGGUUAUAGGACAAUUAAACAUACAAAUGAGUCUAAUAAUCUUGAAGGCUGUGGAGAUCCUGAUGGUCCUGAUAUAUUUUCACAGUCAAGUGAUCGAGAACAUGAAAUGUUUUUUCUUACAAGUGAUGAAUUUAAAGACUAUUUAAUUGUACAUAACUAUGAACUUUUGAAAUUUUCCGACUUAUCAUAA